GCUGAGGGAGGCUGAAAUGACGGAUGCAAUCAUGAGAGGAGAGACCCAGGGGCAGUUUAUUUACAUCUGAAGAGGCUGUGUAAGUUUAGAGGGAAGCCGCUACGUGUGUCUCCCUCUUUACUUUCACCGACCCCCUCCUCCUCCUCCGCUGGCAGAAAUUUAUAAAGAACAAAAAAUCCGACAAGGGAGGGAGGGGGGUUGAUACGCCGAGGCUGAAAUCGAGAGGCGAACCCAGGAAAGAGGAGUAAUUUGUACACGGGACUUUCCCCCUCUUAGUCCCCCAAAAGGAGGGGGAAAAGUCGCAAUAGUGGAAACGAAAAGGAGCGAGCUUCUAAAGACGUGAAAAACGUCUGCAAUUGUGGAUACUUUAUAUAUUUUUAUUUCGAAAAAAUAUGGCCGAGAACGUUCUGGACUCUGGCCCGCCUUCAGCCAAGAGGCCUAAACUCUCCUCUCCGGCACUUUCUGCCUCCGCCAGCGAUGGAAAUGAUUUCAGCUCCCUGUUUGACCUGGAGCAUGACCUCCCAGAUGAGCUCAUCACCUCAAAUGACCUGGGCCUGGUCAACGGCGGGGAUCUCAACCAGUUGCACACCAGUCUUGGAGGGGGUCCUGCAGGCCUUGGGCCUGGAGGAGGAGGUGGUGGAGGGCCAGGAGGAAUAGGUCUGGGUCUUGGUCCUGGAGGAGGUCCUGGGGGUGGCGGAGGCGGCCAGGAUGCAGUGGCCAAGCACAAACAGCUAUCUGAGCUCUUGCGCUCGGGGGCACCACCCACCUCCACUCAACAGGGGCACCAGGGCACUAUGGGCAGCCCAGGAGGGCCCACCGCCAUGGGGCAACACAUGGGGAACAUGAAGGCAUCCCCUGGCCAGGGGCCCCAGCAGAUGAUGAGCCAGGGGCAGCAGCAGCACCUCUCCCCUCAGCAGCAGGCCAACAUGAUGCAGCAGCAACAGAACAGCGCAGCUGGAAUGGUGGGAGGCAUGAACAGGGCCAUGAUGGGAGCACAGCAGAAAGGAAACAACGGACAGCAGCAGCCAGGGAUAAUGGGGGGCCAGGUGAUGAAUGGCUCCCCAAGGAUGGGCUUUGGGAAUCAGGGGAUGGGCAGCAACAGUAACCUGUUAGCAGAGACCCUCCAGCAGCAGCAGGGAGCCGGGGGACAGGCCGGGAUGAGAGGCCAGCAACCUGGAGCACUGAACAAAAUGGGUAUGAUGGGGACCCCCGGGGGCCCCUACGGAGCUCCAUAUGCAGGGCAAGCGAACCAGGGUCUAGGAGGCGCAGGGCUGGGCCCUCAGCUCCAGAACAAAGGGCCCAUGGCCAACAGCCUGGCCCAGUUCAACGUGGACAAGAAGAGCCAACCCAUGCAAGGAAUGGCCGCUAUGGCGUCCCAGCAGUCACAGCCAGGCGUGGGUGGCCCCUCUGGUCCCUCAGUGGGAGGGGCCCCUGGGAUGGUCCCCAAUGCCCAGGGAGGUUUGGUGGGCCCCGGCACGCAAGUCUCGGCAGCAGCGGCUGCAGCCGGGGCGCCCCCGACCGCCGACCCUGAGAAGCGCAAACUAAUCCAGCAGCAGCUCGUGCUUCUGCUCCAUGCGCACAAGUGCCAGCGGCGGGAGCAGGCCAACGGGGAGGUCCGCCAGUGCAACCUGCCCCACUGCCGCACCAUGAAGAACGUCCUCAACCACAUGACGCACUGCCAGGCUGGCAAGUCCUGUCAGGUGGCUCACUGUGCGUCGUCCAGGCAGAUCAUCUCCCACUGGAAGAACUGCACACGACACGACUGUCCUGUCUGCCUGCCACUGAAGAAUGCCGGGGACAAGAGGAACCCGCAGUCUCUACUGGGUGCUGCUGGUGCAGGUCUGGGCGGCUCACUUGGGACGGUUCCUGGUGGGCAACCAAGUACUCCCACUCUGAACCCGCCGAGCCAGAUUGACCCCAGCUCCAUAGAAAGAGCCUACGCAGCCCUGGGGCUCACCUACCAGGGAAACCAGAUCCAGGCUCAGACCGCCCAGCCCGGCAUGCCCAACCAGGGCCUGCAGGGCCAGCCUGGCAUGAGGCCUCUGAACCCUAUGGGGGCGAAUCCGAUGGGAGUGAAUGGAGGAGUGGGAGUCCCCCCUCAGAACCAACAGGCCAACCUGCUACAGGACACCAUGAUGCACCUCAAUGUGAACAGCCAGGGUCUGAUGAAUGAUGCGGGUGGUGUUGGCUCCAUGCCCACAGCAGCGCCUCCCUCUGCCACAGGCAUUAGGAAGAGCUGGCAUGAGGACAUCACACAGGACCUGCGAAACCACUUGGUGCACAAACUUGUUCAGGCCAUCUUCCCCACCCCGGACCCUGCUGCCCUGAAGGACCGGCGGAUGGAGAACCUGGUGGCCUACGCUAGGAAAGUUGAGGGAGACAUGUAUGAGUCAGCCAACAGCAGAGCGGAGUACUACCACCUGCUCGCAGAAAAGAUCUAUAAGAUCCAGAAGGAGUUGGAAGAGAAGAGGAGGACCAGGCUGCAGAAGCAGGGCCUGGGGCUGGGGCCUCCUGGCAUGAACCAGCCCCCCACUGGACUUCCUCCUAACGGUCCACUGCCUGACCCGUCAAUGGUGCGACCAGCAGGGCCCAACCAAAUGGUCAACAGAAUGCAAGGCCCAGGUAUGAAUCAGUUCAAUCAGAUGGGAAUGCAGCCUAUGGGCCAGAGGUCCACUCCUCCUCUUCCUAUGGGAGCAAAUGGCAACCAGAUGGGAAUGGUGGGAGCCAGAAUGGGCCAGCCCAACGUCAACCAGCUGCAGAACCAGUACUUGCCCCAGGGACAGUUCCCCGGCUCGGGACCAGGGGUUGGCACAGCUCAGCCCGGGAUGGCCCAGCCUGGAGCUCAGGGAGGCAUGGCACAGACACAGAUGGGCACUCCUCCCUCUCUCCCAGUGGCCAGUCCUCUCGCCCAGCCCGGUUCAGCCGGCGGCCCCAGUGGAGUCUCCACAGCAGGGUCAAUGGGUCCCCAGAGUGUGGGUGGCGGAGGUCCCAACUCUGCUGUUGGAGGCCCCACAUCCACCAUGACCCCAUCAAAUACAAACCAGCAGCCCAACUCCAUCCCCCACCUGCCAGCCAUGCGUGGCAGCUCGCCCUCCCCUGCCCGCAGUCGGACCCCCACCCCUCACCAGACGCCCCCCAGGCUAGCUGGGUCCCAGACCCCACAGCCGCACACCCCUAACCCGCCCCAGCUGGCUCCGCCUCCGGCCCCGCAGCAGAACCAGCUUGGCCAGGGCCCGGGGUCCAAUAAGUCCCUCCAGCAGCAGCACAUGGGGACAGCUGGCUCCUCCACACCAUCCCACCCUGGACUGUCCUCCAGCUCGACGCCACACGGCGCCCAGCUGCCACGCACUCCGCUGUCCCAGAAGGGAUCAUUCCCCGCUGACAGUCAGGCCCUGACCCCAGCCUCGGUCAGCAGCCUGGACACUUCCUCCCAGCAGGCCCAGUCGGACACAUCCUCCACCAACCUUGACCCCAAGAUGGAGGUCAAACCGCCGGAGGAUGAGGAGGAGGGCGAGGCAGGCGGCUGCUCCAAAGGAGGGAAGCUAGCCAACCUCAAAAUGGAGGAGAAGCCCAUCAAGUUUGAACUGAAAAAGGAAGAGUGCUCGGGGGAAGGAGGUAAGGGCGUUCCCAUGGAUACAUCGUCGACAACGACAUCGUCGGCCGUGAAGACAGAAGAUAGGAAGCCGGAGGUGAAGAAGGAGGUAAAAGAGGAAGAGGAGGCAUCGGAGAGUGCUGGACCACAGGCUCCAGUGAAAAAGAAGAUCUUUAAGCCUGAGGAGCUUCGGCAGGCCCUGAUGCCUACUCUUGAGUCUCUUUACAGACAAGAUCCAGAGUCUCUGCCCUUCAGAAUGCCUGUAGACCCACAGCUGCUCUGCAUACCUGACUACUUUGACAUUGUGAAGAACCCGAUGGACUUGUCAACUAUCAAGCGAAAGCUGGACACAGGUCAGUACCAAGAGCCCUGGCAGUAUGUGGACGAUAUCUGGCUGAUGUUCAACAACGCCUGGCUGUACAACCGCAAGACGUCCCGUGUCUACAAGUACUGCUCCAAGCUGGCCGAGGUGUUCGAGCAGGAGAUCGACCCCGUCAUGCAGAGCCUCGGCUACUGCUGUGGCAGAAAGCUGGAGUUCUCUCCCCAGACGCUGUGCUGCUAUGGGAAGCAGCUGUGCACGAUACCCCGAGAUGCUGCUUACUUCAGCUACCAGAACAGUUCACCAAAAUUUGGGCUUCUUGCUGACAGGUACCACUUCUGCGAGAAGUGCUUCAAUGAGAUCCAGGGGGAGACGGUUUCCCUGGGCGACGACCCCACCCAGCCACAGACAUCGAUUAACAAGGAUCAGUUUGAGAAAAAGAAGAACGACACACUGGACCCUGAACUGCUUGUUGAGUGUAUGGACUGUGGACGCAGGAUGCAUCAAAUCUGUGUUUUGCACCAUGACACGGUCUGGCCAACAGGGUUUGUAUGUGACGGCUGCUUAAAGAAGACCAAUAAGACGAGGAAGGAGAACAAGUAUGCUGCCAAAAGGUUGCCCCAGACGAAGUUGGGUAGUUUCCUGGAGACGAGAGUGAACGACUUCCUGAAGCGGCAGAGUCAUCCGGAGUCGGGCGAGGUCUUCAUCCGCGUUGUGCACGUGUCGGAUAAAGUGGUGGAGGUCAAACCGGGCAUGAAGUCCAGGUUCGUGGACAACGGGGAGAUGGCAGAGUCUUUUCCCUACAGGACAAAAGCCCUGUUUGCCUUUGAGGACAUAGACGGAGCAGACGUUUGUUUCUUCGGUAUGCACGUUCAGGAGUACGGAUCCGACUGUCCUCAGCCCAACCAGAGGCGGGUGUACAUCUCUUACCUGGACAGCGUACACUUUUUCCGGCCUCGCUGUCUGAGAACAGCAGUCUACCAUGAGAUCCUCAUCGGCUACCUGGAGUAUGUCAAGAAGUUAGGCUACACAACAGGUCACAUCUGGGCCUGCCCGCCCAGUGAAGGGGACGACUACAUCUUCCACUGUCACCCUGCCGACCAGAAGAUCCCCAAACCAAAACGCUUGCAGGAGUGGUACAAGAAGAUGCUGGACAAGGCCGUGGGCGAGAGGAUAGUGCACGACUACAAGGAUAUCUUCAAGCAGGCCACUGAGGAUCGUCUGACCAGCGCCAAGGAGCUGCCUUACUUUGAAGGCGACUUCUGGCCCAACGUGCUGGAGGAGAGCAUCAAGGAGCUGGAGCAGGAGGAGGAGGAGAGGAAGAGGGAAGAGAACAGCACUUCCAAUGAGAGUAUUGAUGCCACAAAAGGCGACAGUAAAAAUGCCAAGAAAAAGAACAAUAAGAAGACGAGUAAGAACAAGAGCAGCCUGAGCCGAGCCAAUAAGAAGAAGCCAGGGAUGCCCAAUGUCUCCAAUGACCUUUCACAGAAACUCUAUGCAACCAUGGAGAAACACAAAGAGGUGUUCUUUGUGAUCCGGUUGAUUGCGGGCCCCAUGGCCAACGCCUUGCCCCCCAUCACAGACCCAGACCCCCUGAUGGCAUGUGACCUCAUGGACGGCCGCGAUGCUUUCCUCACGCUGGCCCGGGACAAACACCUGGAGUUCAGCUCCUUGAGGAGGUCCAAGUGGAGCUCCACGUGCAUGCUGGUGGAGCUGCACAACCAAAGCCAGGACCGCUUUGUCUACACAUGCAACGAGUGCAAACACCACGUGGAGACCCGCUUCCACUGCACCGUCUGUGAGGAUUACGACUUGUGCAUUACCUGCUACAACACUAAGGGCCACGAGCACAAGAUGGAGAAGCUUGGCCUCGGUUUGGAUGACGAGAGCAGCAACCAGGCUGCCGCAGCCACUCAGAGCCCCGGAGACUCUCGCCGCCUCAGCAUCCAGCGCUGCAUCCAGUCUCUGGUCCACGCCUGCCAAUGUCGAAAUGCAAACUGCUCUCUGCCGUCCUGCCAGAAGAUGAAGCGUGUCGUUCAGCACACGAAAAACUGCAAGAAGAAAACCAACGGUGGAUGCCCCAUCUGCAAACAGCUCAUUGCAUUGUGUUGCUACCACGCCAAGCAUUGUCAGGAGAACAAGUGCCCGGUCCCGUUCUGCUUGAACAUCAAGCACAAGCUCCGGCAGCAGCAGCUGCAGCACCGGCUCCAGCAGGCCCAGAUGCUGAGAAGGAGGAUGGCCAGCAUGCAGAGAGUGGGCCAGCAUCCUCCUGGAGGAGCUCCUGGAGGAAAUGGGGGCUUACCCUCUCCAGGAGCCAACAACAAUGGAGCGACCGGUCCCAGUACUCCUACAUCUGUGGGCACGCAGCCUCCCACCCCCCAGACACCCACCCAGGGGAACAUGCCUGCGCUUCCUCAGCAACAAGGGGUUGGCAUUGGAGGCAUGGGGGGAAUGGGAACUCCAGGGCAGCAACAACAGCUGCAGCAGCAAGGUGGUGCAAUGCCUCCUCAACACCAUCUCCAUCACCAGUUCCAGCCAAUGGGUGGAGGAGCUGGAGGUGCAGGGGGGAUGAUGAACUCACCGCAGCAGCAGAUGGUGCCUCAGCUCCAACAGCAGCAGCCUCCCAAUGUCCAGCAGCUCCAGCAACAGCAGCAUGCUGGUGGUUUGCCUCCAUAUGCCCCCAGACCACCAGGAGCCUCUCCACUCCACCAGUCGCUGGGUAAACCGGGACUGGGACCGGCCACCCCACCUCAGCAGCAGCCACAGCCCAACCAGGGCCAGGGGGCCAUGCCUGUGCAGAGCCAGCAGCAAGGCCCGCCCCUGGCUGCGGUGGAGACUGCCCUAAAAAUUCAGCGUUUAGCAGAGACCCAGAGACAGAUGGCUCAGGCACAAGCAAGCCUUCUUCAGAGGCAGGCGCAGGGACAGGGGGGCAUGAUGCCCCCACAUCCUCACCACCAGAACCCUCAGGCCCCGAUGGGCAUGCCCCAUCCUGGAAGUGGGAUUGUUGGGGCCCAGGGCAUGCCGCCCCAGGCUCCAGGAGUAGCUGGCAGGACUAUGUUAGACCCCCAGCAACAGGGGAUGCUAGCAGGAAUGCAGCAAGGAGGCCCUCAGUCACAGCUGCCACCUCAAGUUCAGCAGCAGCUCCAGCAGGUCCAGCAAGGAGGUGGUGGGCAACUUCCACCAGCAAACCAGCAGUGGGGCGCUGGGGGACCGACCAUGAACCCACAGCAGAGGCCGGGCAUGAUGGCUCACAUGACGCCACAGCAGCAGCAAGCGGUUGCCCAGCAACAACAGCAGCAGAUGCCCCAGCAGCAGCAGCCGCAGGCAGGCAACCGUGGGCUGAUGCAGCUGAUUGGAGGACCAGGAGGGGCGGCAGGGGCUGCUGCGGCAAUGGCAGGGGCAGGUGGUCAAGGAAAUCUCCCUCAGGCAGCGCUACAAGAACUUCUGCGGACCCUGCGCUCUCCAAGUUCUCCCCUUCAACAGCAGCAAGUCCUCAACAUCCUUCGUUCCAACCCUCUCCUCAUGGCUGCUUUCAUCAAGCAGAGAGCUGCCAGGUAUCAGGGAGUUCAGGGUGGCACUGGAGGACCAGGAGGGCCGCCGCAGGGUGGCCCGGGAGGUGUGAGGUUCCAGGGUGCUGCAGGAGUAGGGGGACCUGGGAGUAACCAGCUGGCCAACAUGGAUGGACAGCAGCAGGUUAAUGUGAACCAGGCCGGCCAGCCGGGGAUGAACAUGGCUCAGGGUGGAGCAGGAGGAGGGAAUAUGCCCACUAUGGCUCAGCUUCAGCAGCUACAACAGCAGCAACAACAGCGCCCCAUGUUGCCUGGGAAUCUACAGCAGCAACAGAUGGCCGCAUUGCAACAGCAACAGCAGCAGGGAGCAAUGCAACCAGGUCAACAAGGUAACAUGUCCAACAUUAACCCACAGUUCAGAGAGCUGUUGAUGAGACGACACAUGCAACAGCAGCAGUUCCAGCAGCCUCAAGGACUCCAGCAGCAGCAGCAAGGCCAGCAGGGCUUCAUGCAAACUGGGCAGGGACAGCCAGGGAUGCCCCCUUCGUCUCAGGCCCAGCCUGGAGGCGUUGGCAUAGGGGGACCCCAGCAGCAGCAGGGAGGGGGGCCACAGAGUGGGCCGGGACAGCCUGGCCAGCAGCAAGGCUACCCAGGCUCCAUGUCCCAUCAGCAAGUGGCUGCAGCUCUGCAACAGAGGCUGCAGCAUCAGAUGCAGAUGCAGCAGCAACAGCAACAGCAGCAGCAGCAGAAUUCAAUGGGUGGGCUGCAAGGGCAGGACGGAGGGCCAGGAGGGGGUGGUGGAGGACCAGGGGGGCCUCCGCUGCAGCCUGGACAAGGUGGACCUGGGCAGGUGCAACCCCAGCAAGGCGGAGGGGGGCCCCCACAGUCCCAGACAUCCCAAGCCAUGCUCCAACAGGCCAUCCACCAGCGGCUCCUGCAGCAGCAGCACCUCGGUGGAGGCUCCCCAGCCCAGCACAGCAGCCCUCUGAGCCCCCAACAGCAGAUGGCGCAGUCCCCCCACCCACACCUCCAGGGUCAAGGAGGGCUGGGCCCUGCGGGGUCGCUCAGCAGUCAAGUCAGGUCCCCUCAGCCCUCGCCGAGGCCGCAGUCCCAACCUCCUCACUCGAGCCCGUCCCCCCGCAUGCAGCCCUCCUCCCAGCCUCAGCAGCAGCCCUCGCCUCAUCGCAUCUCGCCGCAGACCCAAACCGGGUCGCCACAUCCGGGCCACCUAGGCCAGCAUCACACCGGCAUGGCACCACCCCAGCCGCCACAACCCCAGCAGCAAACGGGUAACUCUGUGGACCCAAAUCAGUUCAGCUCGGACCAGAAUGCCAUCAUGUCCCAGCUGAGCGGGAUGACGGGGAUGCAUGGUGGCCAGGGGGGGCAGUCGGACAUGUUGGGUGGGAAUAACAGUAACAGCAACAACAACAACAACCAGGAGCUGGGAACGAACAUUAACCACAACAGUUUAGAUCUUAUGUAGCCCGUUCUGUCUCUGUCUCCACGCUGUAAUCUGUCGCCCCAAACGACAACAAACUGCUAUGAAAUCACAGAGCGGGGACUACGGCUUUGGGUUUUUAGAAGUUUUUAUUUUUUAUUUAAAUAUUUUUCUGAUGUAUAAAUGAAAAGAACUGAAACUUCCUUCCUAUGGGAGAUGCAACAUAAAUCUUAGAAGUCAAUAAAUGAAUAAAUUAAAACAAUGGUAAGUUAUUGCUGUUAAUAUAUAUCUAUAUAUUUUUGCCAAUUGUGUACAAAAAGGUGGAAGGGCAGCGUUUCAGGUUGGAGAUAUUUCUUCCUUAGUCUAUGACACACAAUAUUUUUGGGGACUGAAAAUUUUGCCUUUUUUAUGAAUAUUUUUAAGAUUUUAAAUGUGGCGAAAAAUUAAAGUGAGUUGACAUAAUGUACCCUUUUAUUGUUUUUGUUUCCUCCUCAAAUACCCAGUCAUGAUUGUAUCUGUUUUGCAGAGAAGAAGUGUAGUUUAUUUCUGACUUAUUGUGCUAUUUUUUUUCCUUCAGAUCUUAAAAAAAAACAUCAACAUAUCUUCCGUUACAGGAGUCGGUCGUGUUCCGGACAGUUUUCCGCAGCAAUGUACAUUAUACAAGGCGACUGCUUAUAUAACAAUUCACAUACAUAGAAUAAAUAUCUAUUUUUGUUAACGACUGUGUAAAAGCCAAACGAGUUGAGAUGGGAUGGAGGGGGAGGGGUGUUAGUUUGAUUUUGACUGGUUUUGUAGCUCGGUCAAGGGUUCAGGGGUCUGAGUAAACAGUGUUUUGGGGGCAAAAAAAAAAAAUGCUGACAGUUGCUCUGGUUGGACUUUUCCAAGAAAUUACCCAAUCCCCCCACAGAGCAAAAAGAUGUUAUUAAGCCCUUGAGCCGCCUCUCCACCCGCCUUCCUCCUUUCUUUCUAUCCUCCUAUGAAUGUGCACACCCUCCUUGACUCCCCCAAAAGUGAUGGAUAGAUGAACUGCCGUUGCCUGGCCGGCUGCCAGAGGUGAACCGUGCCUCUUUUUCAAGUCGGCUGCAUAUGUUUUAUUUUUUAUUUUUAAUAAGGUUGCGUGUGUACAUAUAAUAUAUCCUUGUUUAUGAGCUGCGGUGCAGAGGGGAAGAGGAGAGGAGGUGGAUACAGUUGUUUAGCUUUGUGAGCGGAGAGGAAGCAGGCUGCAGAGGGGAUUUUUUUUUCGUUUUGUUUUGUUUCUGUGCAAAGAAAGUCCUUCCUGAUUCCCCCCCACCCUUCUUCCCCCUUUCAGACACAUUUUAGCGCUCUCUGCUUUCCCGUUCUCACAUUGCAAUCCGUUAGGUUUAAUUUAAUGUUAUUACUGUACAAAGUAAGAAAAUUGUGGAGUUUUUUUGUAAAGAAAGUGAAAAUUGUAAAAAAAAAAAAAAAAAAAAAAAGACAACACAAAAAAAAAAACAAAACAAAGAAAAAAACAACCAA